AUGAAUAUUCAUAUUCCUGAUAACAUUGGUCUCUUUUCUUUAUACUGUCUCUGGUGCCUAAAUGAACGUGGCAUCACUUCGCCUGGGACCUCCCUGCUGGCGUCAGAGAACGAGCUCAUAAGGUUUCUCUCCAGCACCUUCUGCUCAACACUCAACGCCCCGCUAGUCUUCUCUCUAAACAACUGCUUCGUGAGGAACAGACUUUCUGUGAAGGACAUCCGGGCCUUGGCUGACUCCUCUCUCUUUUCUUCAAGCCGUUCCGAUUUACUUAACUUGCUAAUGCGCGUCCUUACGUCCUCCAGGAUUGGCUUCAUUUCCUCUGCCCUCUGCUCGUCAUCCCGCAUUGCUGCUCGUAAACUACGCAUCUCUUUCUUCAGUGACCGGAUGGUUUACCGCCGCCGAUUCACCUGCACUGGAGCUAAGGACUUAGCUUUCCUUUCUUUAAUCCAAACCUAG